AUCACAAUCCAGUUAUAUUUCUUCUUUAAGAUCACAGUUCUAUUAAUUGGUCCGACCUACCGGAUUCAAAUGAUGGGAGACAGAAUUGAACUGUUGGUUAAGAAUUUGAGAGAAGUGAAUUCAACGAUGCUAUUGCUAUCAAAGCAAAUGAAUGAAUAUGAACAGAGACAGAAGUCAUUUCCCCAGAGAGCAGAGAUUCAGAAGGUGAAUACAGAAAUUGGUGAUGAUUCAGAGAUGGAUUCUGAAUCGAUGAAGAAGUCAUCGGAGCAAUUAGAUCGAAAGUUUCCAGCAACAACUACGGUGACAGCAUCAAUCAAGAAGAAUCACACAAGUGUGGUUGAGGUGAUGGAAGAGAAUCACCACGAGCCAAAUAACAAAGUUAAUUCAAUGUUGAAAUUGAACGAGGCGUCUAAGGGUAACGGAAAGGAUUUCAUCGUGUGCAUUGAAUCGGGAAAGUCGGAGAAGGGGAAGUCACCAAACACGAAGGUUGAGAGACAACGUGCACAUAGCGUGGACUUGCGAUUGCCGUCGAAACCACCGAACGUGGAGGUUGAGCCGUUGGGCUUUGAUCAACCUACGAAAGUCCGUUCACGGCGAGAACCACCGGCUAAACCGCCAGAUAGAAGCGUAGCUUUGGAUAAGGGUGGAUAUGGGAGAGCGGAUGUAGAGAGAAGGAGGAUACAAACGAAAUUGCUCAGGCCACCACUUUCGCCAGACCCGCCAGAUGCCGAUCGAUUGGCAGCGGCGCUAUCACGGCGAGCAUCGCCGCAUAUGACGUCGUAUCUGAACGGAGAGAAGGAUCUAGAGAUACCAAGGGUGAAAAGGGAAUUUGCUAAGGUUGGUAACCAUUUUAAUCUAAUGGGUCAGAUACACACAUCUCUUCCGUCCAUUUUCCACCAUAACAACUUAUUACACGUGUUAUCAUCAGGCCAGUAUUCCAAUUUUCAUGUGUCACCCAAGGAACAACCUUUACCACUUGCUAUUGCCACGUAUCCUUCUUACACAAUGCAAUCUGUUGAUCUUACGGGCCAGACCCAAGUUAAUAUUUGUUUAUUUUUUGAGAUAUUUUCCCUUUGGGCCAGAGUAAAACUAUCUGGCUGGGCCCAAAUCAAGAAUAAUAGCACUUGGGUUGAGGAAAAGAGUAACUCAAAUAUUCUAAGUCAAACAAGAAAUUUCGUUUUUCCAUAUGGGUUUUCAGCUGAGUCCAUUGCGUCUCAUCAUAAGUGUUCUCCAUCUUCCAAUUUGUGUUAUGUUUGUAAGGAGGAAUCCCAAUCAAUUGUCAAAAUUCGAGAAUUUGAGCAAGAGAUUGUUGUGUACGGGUCUCUAAGUUUGCCUCUAGAGAAGUUUAAACAAGUGAGGUACAAGGGGUACCAAAAAGUAGCUAUAAUUUCUGCAUGUGCUUUCCCUUUGUGCAAGUGUUUUGGAAGGCAUAUUAAGAGGUUUAGUGUGAAACUGGAAGUGGGUGCUCUUGACAAGGAUGUGAUUGCAAUUGUUAACUCUUAUCUCAUGAGUGGCAAUUGGGCUUUGGUGUUAGAGGGUUUUUAUGACAAGAGAGUAUGGAACUUGAUAGCUUUUAACUUUGUAACGGAGAGUUUUAAUUUGAAGGCACCAAAUGAGAAAAUUGUUGAUGUGUCUCAAUGGAUGGAAAGUAAAGAGGUGUCCCCAAAGACAAUUAGGAACUCUUGGAUAAAUGAGAUGAGUCUAAUUUUAUCAUCUAAAUUAAGGGACAUGUUGGUUCUUUGCAUAGAGGGCUUUGCAGCAGAUGAUUCAAUAAAGGGAAUUGUUAGGCUAUUGGGAAUGAAAGAAAAUGCAGCAUUAACUAUAGUGGAUGCUGCAAAUGAGCUUGAUGGUCUCUUAGCUAAAUAUGUGGCUGAUGCUCACCGUUGGAGUGAAAAUGAAGAGAUGUCACCAUAUACAACAAUGUGGUACUCUUUGAUUAGCGAGUUUGCACAACAAGGAAUGUGUUUGGAAGUGCUGAAAUAUUUUAGGAGUAUGAUGUUGUUGGUGCAUAUAUGUUCAAGAACUUUCAUGAGUUGGUUCAUAGCAUAUGCCGAUCCAUUGUUGUUGUCAAAUGGAAAGGAGGUGAAUGGGUGCUCAUUGAAAUCUUUGGCUAAUAGAAAUCAUUUGUUGUCAACUACUUUGAUUGAGAUGCUGAGACGAUUUUGGAAUACUAUGAUGGGGACUUUUGAAGAAAUGAAAGCUGGAUUUGAUUGUGGGAUGAUGUUCUUGCAUGCAAUCAUUUUGAACAAACAGUGGGAUCCAGAAGAAUUCAAUUUUCCUAUGGCAACUACAACUGAUGACUAUUGCUGGGGUGACUUACUUAUUUUUCCUGGAUGGUUCAACUUUGUAUUUGAUAGAGGCAAGUUUGAUGGAUGUAAAAUAAGUUCAACCUUGAGGACAAGGUUGUUUGAAGAGGUGGGUAUUGAUAGAGACUUGAAUCAUGAAGUGGGCCUUGACUUUGGCCCAAGCCUAAGGUGUGGAAAGGAAGGGGGAAGGAAUGAAAGAAUGUUGAGGUGGCAAAGAAUGCAUGAGGAAUGCAUGUGCUGCAUCAGGAAUUGGUUAUAUAUAUAGUGCUUAGUAGAAAGAGAAUAAUAUUCAUUCACGUAUUUGGUUAGUUUGUUUGGAUCACUUUCAUAGUGAUUUGGGGGCACUUAGUGCUUUGGGCUGUUAGAUUAUCUCUAACAGUUUGUUACUCUGUUUUUACUUGUUUUCCAUGUUCAAAUAAUUGUAAUUGUUCAUCCGUUUCCAUAAUACAGUUACCCAAUUUUCAUCACAA